AUGUACUUCCCACUUGCCAUUCUCGCGGUGUCCAUGGCCGAUUCGAUCGCGACUGCCCAACGCCUUGGUGAUCCAUCGUUGCUGGUGACUCAGGCCCCCAUGCCAAAUCUCUUGGAAGGCUCCAAGCCUUGCGACUACACGUCCCUCGCGCCAACGUUUUUGCCAUUCUUGGGCGACAUUCAAAAGUGCACUGCCGAUAGCAACUACACGUUUGUGCCGCCCGUGGCCUACCCCACAGCGGAGCAGAUCCAAGUACUGUGUACGACACCCUCAUGCACGAGCACAGUGACGUCACUCCUGUCGUCGACGUUGCCAGAUUGCACGGUCGCUGUCCCGAAUGCCGCGCCUGCCCCGCUCGACGCGCUAAUUCGCCGAAUCGCUGCAUCUUGUCAGCCACCCUCUACGACCACAAUAACCCCCACGACCACCAUCUCCACGACUGCCGAAGUCACCGUGACUCCACCGAUGGAGGACGCCGCCACCGUUGUGCCCAUGGCCACGGCAAAGUCUUCGGCUUGGAUAGCUGUCGCUUCUCCGAUCGCGGUCGUCUUGACAACGGUUGGCAUGCAGUUUUAG